GUGAAAUGUCACAUAUUCUGCUGUCAGAUAUGUAAUCUUUUUUUCAAACAAAGUGGAAGUAUUUCAAGUAUAUAAAUUGAAAUGAUGUUGAGCAGAAAAUACGAUAAUGCUGGAUUAUGAAAUAAAUCAAGUUGAUAAUUCGAGAAUAAAUUCGUAGUGAAGAACUCGAUAAAAUGCAUUUUCAUCGCACAUAACCUAUAUUACAUUAAAUAAACAAAUUUUUCAAAUAGUUCGACUGUUUUCUAAUAUAUAUUAUCUAUUUAAUCAGAGUUAUAGUAUUUUAUUUAGUAUGUAAUAUGUGUGUAAAUAAUGGAGGUGACAGAUAUUCGAAAUCUUGUUAGAGAUUUGGACUUGACCCUUCAACCACGGACAGCUCCACGUUAUAAAGUUUGGCUGCCACUUGCUACCCAACAGCUACGCUUCAGGAACUUGAUUCAAAUAAUCGGAUAUAAUUUAAACAAAAAUGACAAGUGCAAGGUGUGUUGGUUUUAUUACACAAUCCAUAGAUCGUGCAUGUCAUCUCCCUUGUAUACAAGUGAGCCGAUAGAUAACUCAAGUCCACGAUGGGAAAGCCUAGAAGUGCCUAUUCUUCAUGCUACAGGACAUUCUACAUCCAGUGAAAUAAUUCUGCGACUAUGGAGACGUACAAAAACGGGAAAUGGUUAUUCAGAUAUAACCCAAUUUACCUGGGGAAUAUCAUUCACUGGUUUAGAAUAUAUUGGAACGAAACUUCCGAACAAAUUGGAGACCGUCCUCCGUGAUAAUUCUCUUCUUUUUAAAAUUCAAGGCGGUUAUUUUGCUCCUGCUUUUUGUUUUAUAAAUCAACCACAACUAAAAAGAUACAUUCAUAUCAAUGUAAAUUCUAAUGAAAUAAGAGACAGUUACAGUGUGAAUAAACUUCGUAGCCUUCGAAGUAAAAUGCAGGCAUUGAAACAACAGUCUGAUUCAGUUCAAGCGCUUAGGGAGAAAAUUGCUUCUGGUGAAAGUGUACAAACGCCAAAAUAUCCUCAAACCACAUUAAAUAGAUUAUUACAACCAAAAAGAAUAAAUAAAGAAAAAAAACUCGAGAUUAUGAAUAUACGUAAGGAAUUGGAAAUGGCGAAAUUUAGAGCCAGGCUACUUGAGCAGGAGAGAAUGAGAAAAAUGGGACAAGUGCGAGCUUUGAAUCAGUCACAUUUGGAUAUUACUGAAGAAAAUCAAGAUCAUGGUUCUGAUUUAAUGGAACGUUAUCGUGAACUUAAAAAAGAUAUGGAGAGACUUCAAGAGUGGCGUCAAAAUCACAUAGACGUGAGGGAAACUUUUCUUCAAACUACUGCUCGACUUACCCAUCGUCGAAGGCAGAUAAUUUCCGAACUGAAUUUAAUUUAUCCUAUAAAUCAGGAAACAAAUGGAACAUUCAGGAUAAACAAUGUAUUUCUACCGGAUAGUGAAAAUUUGGAAUCGACAAAUGACACUGACAUCGCGGUAGCUCUGGGAUUUGUUGCUCACACGACGCAAAUGAUUGCAAAUUUUCUCAAUGUUCCUCUUAGAUACCCCAUUGUUCACUAUGGUUCACGAAGUAAAAUUAUUGAUCAUAUAACAGAAAGUCUUCCCGACACUGACAGACAGUUUCCACUGUUUGCAAGAAGUAAAGAUAAGUUGCAGUUUCAUUACGCAGUUUAUCUUCUAAAUAAAAAUAUUGCCCAACUUCGAUGGUACUGUGGACUUUCUACUUCUGAUCUACGAGCUACUUUACCAAACCUUGCAAGUUUAAUUAAUUCAAGACCAAAUCAAACAUUAGACAGUUCGAAGAGGACAUUUUCUGGUUCAUCGUUAGAUGCGGAAGUAACGACGAUUAAACCACUAACACCUCCAAUUCAGAAAAUCUUAUUUGAGAAAUGUCACCGAACAACUCGAUCAAUGAGCCAAUUGAAAACAUCAAAAGUGUUAUUGGGCGCUUCUCUUGAUCAAGGCUUAGACAGGCCCAUUCAGUCACUAAAUCUUAAUAUUCAGUCAAAACGUAUUUGUAAAUCAGAAGAAAGUGCCAUUGAUAGUACAACAUUAACAUUGCCUAGAGAUACGUCUAGUGUUAGUAGUAAUGAAACAUUAAACGAAACUAUUUUUCAAAAUGUCUCAUCAACAGACAGAAGUAAUGGUUGUCAAAAUUUUUUCCUGAAAUUUCCCAAUGACAAUUUUAUGGAGAAUAGUAUUGAAAUUAGUAUACCAACGUCAAUAUCGAAGCCAAAGACUAAUUCUGAUAAUGAUGAGAGUUCCACUGCCCGACAGAGAAGUUCAAAUUCAAUAAGUAGCUGUGAAAUGGCCUUGAGUUGUAGUCAAAAUGAUGGUGAAGAAAGUUCGAAUGGCACGUCGGCGAAACAUUGCGAUCAAUAUGAUCAAUUUAAUUCAACACUUAAGGAAACUGAGAUGAUGAGUCAAUCGUUUCCAACUAGUGAAAAGGAUAGUCCAUUUUUUAUCAAAAGUUCUCAUUGUGACAAUUUUUCACAAGUAAAAUACGAACAAGAGGACAAUAGGAAAAUUGACGAUGAUGUUGAUUGUGAUGAGACAUUUCCACUUUUGGAAAGUGAAGCAAAAAGUCACGGACAUUCCAAAGAUGGUGCAGACUGCUGUUUAUCGUUAGAUGAAAUUGGAUAUUCUGAUAAAUCGGAGCCAAAACAAAGAGCUGUUUCUCUUUGCAGUGAACCUGAUGAAGUAUUCUUGUCAGCUAAAAGCUUGACUCGAAAGAGAUAUGAUUCAGAAUCAAGGCAGGAUCAGGAGGAAACUCAAGUGCUUCUUGAAAAUUGGAAGAAGAGUACAAUUCCUGUUGCUUCUGGAGAGACCGAGACGGGCGUUUCCGUAAAGGAACUAUUAAAGGAAAGCCAGCUGUGUCUCUUUCAAAGUAAACAGGAAGAUAACAUAGCCAAAGAUUUUCAAACUUCUACCGAGUACAUAAAUUCAAUCAGAAAGAGUUCAGAAAAUGUUUUUGCUCGAACCGAGGCAUUAGCUAAUAAAAAAGCCAGUUUUAAAGUUAUGAGAUCACGUUUACAAUAAUUUAUAUACUUAAACUACGUUUUUAAGAAGGAAUCUAAUAUACAGUCAAAAACAAAAGUUAGUCAAUGUCAUAAUUUCGUAUUUUAAAAAAAAAGACAUAAUUUUAAUAAAAGUACGAAAUAAUGAAAUUUUACUUACUUUUUUUCUCUGUCGGAUACUUCCUUAAAGAAAUUUUCGCUUAAUUUUAAUAUAAAUUGUAAAAUUAAUUGUUCACUCGAAAAAUGUGCGCAUUAUGCUCAACUCACAUUUAAAAGGUGGAAAAAAAAUUGUAAAAUAUCUUUUCGUUUUUAUUCAAAUUAUAUCAAGACUCGUAAUUAUAUCGUGAUAUUAAAUGUAUCGUUUCAUCAUUAAUUUAUAAAAAAAAUGAUGUACAGAACAAAUUAGUAAAUAGAAUAUUAACUUAUUUCACGAAUUAA